AUGGCUAGCCAGUUACCGGUGCAGUCAAACGACAGCCCCAGGCUCAUAUCGGUGAUGUGGGCUGAGUUCGGCGUUGCUGCAGCUAUACUGACUGCACGGAUCGUUACCCGUACUCGGGUCAUUUCAUGCUGGGGUUGGGAUGAUAUGUCCAUGUGCCUUUCGAUGGUACUGGCAACCAUGGACACAUCUCUGCUCACAGUCAGUGUUAGGCAUGGACUAGGCAAGCAUGCCUUCGACCUUACAUCGUCCGAAUACAUCAAUGCGAAUAAAUACAACUGGAUCUCGCAGGGUUGUCAUGUCAUGGCAACGAACUUCGGCAAAGUGUCCGUUAUACUGUUUUUGCUACGGAUAGUCGUGAAUUCUCGAGCGCAGAGGAUAUUCCUUUACACGCUGAUGGCCAUGUUAAUUAUCAUCAAUUCUAUUUGCGUGUUCACUAUCUUUGGCCAGUGUGCGCCCACCUCACGGCUCUGGGAUCCGGAGAUACCAGGAACUUCUUUUUCAGCAUUCUCCGACGGCCUGCUCGCCCUUUAUCCUAGUUUUGUUAUCUGGAAACUGCAGAUGUCGCUGCGGACAAAAACCGGGCUCGGAUGUGUUCUAGCCCUGGGGAUUGUGGCCAUGAUCGCAUCCAUAAUCAAGACAAUAUUCCUCGCCAGCCUGACGGCCAGAAGCGACUAUACCUUCGACACCAUCUCUCUCACCAUCUGGACAAAUACAGAGCAAUACCUAAUAAUAAUAGCAGCCUCUAUACCUCCUCUCGGCCCACUUCUGAAAAUCGCUAUGGGCAAAACCCCCACGGCCCAACCAUCCCUUCCCAACAGAUAUACGUCCAAGCAUAGUUGUGGAGGUGAACAGAAGAGUAAACAUCCUGCAUUCCUACCGAAAGAUUCGCUACUAUCUACGAACGAGUCUAGUUGUUAUCCACUACGGGAAUAUAAGGGGCGGUCGAGGAGAUGGGGUGAUGGUGGUGAGGGUAUGCAGGAUGAAUUCUUUCCAGAUGCCCGUGGCGUAGACCUUGGUGGUAUCAUGAAGACUACGGAGGUGCAUAUUGAGAGUAACAGGGAUCCGCAGCGGGAAUAA